AUGCAGCAAAUUAUACUGGGACUUACUCCAUUAUGUGUAACGAAAUCGAUUUCCUCUGGGCGUGGUACCGAUGUAUCGGUGAAAGAAGUACAUGAUGGACAAGGACUAUCUCAACUGGAUAGCCGUACGUCGAAGAAAGUCGGUCGAAGAGCACUCAUGUACUAUGUCCUUACAACAACUCAUGCCGUUUUGCUAGGAAUCAUUGUUGUGAUGCUGCUGCAUCCAGGAGAUCCACGAAUUAAGGGGGAAAGGAGUAAUAUGGAUGGCGAUGUCAGCGGCAAAGUUGCAGCAGUUGACAAGUUUCUUGAUUUAUUUCGAAAUAUGGUGCCUGAGAACAUAAUUCGAUCCACCUUUCAACAACAAAAAACGAUUUAUGUUUCCACCAACAUUUCAAGUGAGCCGAAUGCUGAAAAGGCUUACUUGGUUUACUCAGAUGGGAUGAAUGUUCUUGGUCUUAUCGUCUUCUGCAUCGUGAUUGGUGUAGUCAUUUCACGGCUUGGAAAACCUGCUCGGCCUCUUGCAGAAUUUUUUAUCGCAUUGGAUAUUGUCAUCACAAGAGUUGUCCUUUACAUUAUGUGGUUUGGACCUAUCGGAAUUCCAUCAUUGAUCGCACAAAAGAUGUUAGAGGUGUACGAUUUACUAGCGACCGCUCAAACAUUGGCUAUGUUCAUAGUGACGGUGGUGUUGGGACUGGCUAUUCAAUGUUUCUGUACUUUACCACUCAUUUAUUUUCUUGGCACUCGUCAGAACCCCUACACUUUUCUCCGCGGACUUGGACAAGCAGUUCUCACAGCACUGGGAACAGCCUCAAGUGCUGCAUCACUCCCUGUGACAUUUCGCUGUCUACAUAAAUUGGAAAUCGAUAGCCGAGUCACGAAGUUUGUGCUUCCCGUAGGUGCUAUGGUGAAUAUGGAUGGUACGGCACUGUACGAGGCAACCGCAUCUAUUUUCAUCGCUCAAAUCAAUGGAAUGCAUCUAUCCAUUGGACAACUGCUAACUGUGAGCCUAACUGCUACGCUGGCAUCUAUUGGUGCUGCUUCUAUUCCAAGUGCAGGACUUGUGACAAUGAUGAUCGUGCUCACAGCUCUCGGACUUCCUGUGAACGACAUAUCACUCAUAAUAGCAAUCGACUGGUUUCUAGAUCGUUUGCGAACUUCUGUAAAUGUUAUCGGAGACGCGUUCGGCUGUGGAUUCGUCUAUCACCUCAGCAAGAAUGAUUUAGAUGAGAUGCCAAAAAUCGAUGAGAUCCAUUCGGAUGACACAAAGUGUAAAUCGCUACACCAUGCUGACUAUAUGGAUGUUGAGGACGGGAAAAAAGACGAUAUCGUUGCAAAUACCGUUGAUAGCAGUUAA